CAAAGUACAACAUCUGUGGUUUCACCAACACAAAGACCAACACAGACCACAGUUGUAACCACACAGUCAGCAACUUCAACAGAAUCUACCCCAUCUGUAACAACUACAUCAGUGGCUUCACAAACAUCAGCAUCAUUAACAACAGAACAACCCACAGCAAUGACUACAACAAUACAAACUACACCAUCUGUGGGAACAGUGUCAACAACAACGACACAGUCUAUUCAAUCCACAACAGAAUCAUCAACAACACCUACACAAAAUACAGCAUCUUUGUCUUUAACAACAGAACAACCCACAGCAACAACUACAACAAUACAAACACCACUAUCUAGGCCAACAACGAUCACAACACAAACUGUUUCCACAGCUGCACCGACACAAUCUGUUCCACUCACAAUACGAUCAUUAACACCAACACAAAGCACAGCAUCCACGGUUUCACCAGCACACAGACCAACCCAGAUUACAACUGCGACCACACAGUCAACAACUUCAGUAGAAGCUGCACUAUCCGUAACAGCUCAAUCAUUGACUUCACAAACAUCAGCAUCAUUAACAACAGAACAACCAACAACUGCAAUGCACACUGCUGAACCAACAGCAAUGCACAGCACAUCAACACCUAGUGGAUCAGUUACAACAACACAAACUGUGUCCACAGCUGCACCGACACAAUCUGUUCCACUUACAACAGAAUCAGCAACAAUGGCAACACAAACCACCUUGUCCGCGGUUUCACCAACACAAAGACAAACACAAAUUACAGUUGUAACCUCUCAAACGGCACAAAGUACAGCGUCUGUAACAACAGAAUCAGCCACAUUACAAAGACCUACUUUAUCAUCAACGACAGAACAACCCACAACUGUAAGACAUACUGAUGAACCAAGAGCAAUUCACAGUGGAUCAUUCACAACACACGCUGAUUCCACAACAACACAGACACAAUCUAUUCUACCCACAGUAGAACCAUCAACACCAACACAAAGUACAACAUCUGUGGUUUCACCAACACAAAGACCAACACAGAGCACAGUUGUAACCACACAGUCAGCAACUUCAACAGAAUCUACCCCAUCUGUAACAACUACAUCAGUGGCUUCACAAACGUCAGUGUCAUUAACAACAGAACAACCCACAGCAAUGACUACAACAAUACAAACUACACCAUCUGUGGAAACAGCAUUUACAACAACAAGACAAUCUAUUCCAUCCACAAUAGAAUCAUCAACAACAGAACAACCUACAACUGAAAGACAUACUAAUGAACCAACAGCAAUUCACAACACAUCAACAUAG